ACUGUAACACUCAUAUGAAGUCCAAGUCAGCAGACGGGCUGGGCUUGGUUUGGACCAGGAUCAGCUGUGGAGGUGAAGCUGCGGAGCUGCACGUGUCUGGUUUCUCCUCCGGGAGGGGCGGGGACAGUGGAGGGGGGCGGUGAUGAAGAGGAGGAGCAGCUGGACUCUGUCGCAACGUUUUCUUCUUCUCUUUGUUUCAGAGCUGAAAAGUUCUCAUGAGAAAUUGAGGAGAGAACCAGAUUAAACCCGGAUUAAAGGCGGGAUAAAUCCGGAUUAAACCCGGGACUCACAGCACUCUCCUCUCGGCUCCAGGUCCGGGUUUUGGGGUUUUGGGGUUUGGGGGUUUUGGACCAGAGUCCGGAUUAUGGGUCGGGGUCUGUAGGACGGUUUUGGCGUUUUGUGGGAACUUUGGUCUCCAUGGAGACGAGAGUUUUUCCCGCCAGCUGAUCAGUAUCGAUACCCUGUAUUGAUCCUGCAUUGAUCGGCAGGAUGGCCGCGCUCCCGCUGCUGCUGCUCGCGCUCUGGACCUGUGGAGACGCCAAAAGCGCGUUCCCGCUGCGACCCUCCUACAGCCUGUACGCCGGCGGGCACACGCACUCGCACGGAGCCCGCGCGGCCAGCAGACACAGGAACUGGUGUGCGUUUGUGGUGACAAAGACGGUGAGCUGUGUGGUCGAGGACGGCGUGGAAACCUACGUGAAGCCGGAUUACCAUCCCUGCGCCUGGGGCAGCGGCCAGUGCAGCCGGGUGGUGGCCUAUCGGACCUACAUGAGGCCUCGGUACAAAGUGGCCUACAAAAUGGUGACGGAGAUGGAGUGGAAGUGUUGCCAUGGUUACAGCGGAGAGGACUGCAACAGCGGUCCAGUUGGUGGAGCGGGGACCCAGGUCUCCACCACCAGGCCUCAGCCCCGGCCGGGAGGGGGGCCGAGCUCCGGACAGGGAGGAGGACACAGUGGACGAGUCGAUAAUGAAAAGAUGAGGCAGCUGGAGGAAAAGAUCCAGAGUCUGACCAAGAACCUCCAGGACCUGCAGUCCGCCAUGAAUGAGCACAACAAGCCCGGCCUCGGUGGCGGCGGCGGUGGCAGCUCCCCGGGAGGAAGAAACCCAGCUGAUGCAGCUCAGCCAGAGAUUAAAGAGACGAUCCACAGCAUUCAGACCAAACUGGACCAGCUGGACAACCGCACACAGGCUCAUGAUAAAACCCUCGUCAGCAUCAACAACCACCUGGUGAACGGAAAAGGGAACGAGCUGGAAGGAGGCUCCUCUGGAGGAGGACUGAACUCGCUGAAGGAGGAGAUCCUGAGGGAGCUGGAGCGGAGGGUGUCGCUGUCCUGCUCCUCCUGCCAGGCUGGCGUGGAGGACCUGCGCAGACAGCAGCAGGAGGACCGGGAGAGGAUCCGAGCUCUGGAGAAGCAGCUGAAUGCGAUGGAUGUUCGGUAUCGGCAGGGCCUGGACGGGCUGCGGCGGGAGGUGGUGCGUUCGCAGGGAUGCUGUGAUACGAUGAAUGACCUCCAAAACCGCGUCACAGAUGCUGAGCGCAAAAUCAGCUCGGCCUCUGAGAACUUUGAUGCUCUGCAGACCCGCCUGGACAGGGAGCUCAGUGGGAGGGGGGGCAGCAGAGGGGAGGAUGGGGGCGUCAGAGGAGGAGGCACUGGUGCUGGUGGCGGAGUCGGGGGCGGUAGGGGGGAUCUGGUGCUGACAGAGGACAAACUGGACAACCGACUGAAGGACCUGGAGCGGCGAGUCAACAACACCGUGCAGCAGACUGAGCAAACCUGCUCACACCUGGAAAACGACCUGAAGGAGUACUUCCACAGAGAGCUGGGAGACCUGAGGACCGUGUUCCUGGACCGGUUUGACGAUCAGGCCUUCCGGAUCGCAGACGUGGAGCUGGACGUGGGGCUGGUGAAGGACCGGGUCAGCGACCACGAUAAGAGGCUGGCAAAGCUACAAAACACCACCUCCAUCCUGAACCGGAGGGUGGAGGACUGUAGCUGUGGAGGGUCUGGAAGAGGGGGAGGAGGAAGACGAGGGGAAGACGGAGGAGAGAGGGCAGGUGUGGGGGGAGGAGGAAGAGGAGGUGAAGAUGGAGGAGCCGGUGGAGGAGGGAGGUGGGGAACAGGAGGAGGAUUACCAGGGUCAGGAGGAGAACGAGAUAAUACAACAAAGAAAUCUCUGGAGUGGAGAGUCGUCGCCAACGAGGACCAAAUUCGACAUUUCAAUACUCGACUCAAAGACCUGUCGGUGUCCGGAGACUCUCUGUACGACAAGGUGGUGGACCUGAGCCAUGACGUCCGUAAAAUCAAAGCUCUGACCGGCGAUCAUGGCGAACACUUUAACCGCAUCGUGACAGAGGUGGAGCUGCUGGGGCAGGACUGUGAGCUGUGCGGAAGGCUGGAUGAUGAGCUGCGGAAGCUAAACAACCAAUCCCAGCAUGCACUGAGCCGCAUGGAGAACCACAUCAACAGACUCCAGAUCCGAAUGGAUUCAGAGGGCGGCUGCCUCCAGAUCUGCUCCCGCCUGCAGGAUGAGGUCAGCCUCCUGCGCGACGACGUCAGGAGCUGCACCGGCCAAUGCAAGACCAGUCCCAACACACCCACAGGUGGUGGUUCUGGUGGUUCUGGUGGCUCUGGUGGUUCUGGUGGCUCUGGUGGUUCUGGUGGCUCUGGUGGCUCUGGUGGCUCUGGUGGUUCUGGUGGCUCUGGUGGCUCUGGGGUCAUCGGUGGAGGUGGUGGGGCCGACGGGGCUUUUGGAAGCGGCAGCACCAGCGGACGGGGCCCCGGGCUGGAUACUGAGAAGCCUUUAGACGGUCACAGCGUGAUCGGAGGCUCCAUCAACAACAACCAGCUGAAGACGCUGCAGGCCGAAAUGUCCGAGGUCAUCCUCACCUUCAGCUCCAUCAAUGACACCCUGAAGGGGCUUGAACACACGGUGCAGAAACACGGCAGCGUCAUCACCGACCUAGGCAACACCAAGGAUAAGAUCAUCUCUGAGCUGGACAAGAUCCAGCAGGAGGUGACGGAACACAUCGAGGAGAGCCGGGACCACCUGGACGGGAUGAACCGCGACGUACGGCGGUUCGAGAGCAAGCUGCUGCUGGAGACGGCGGACUGCAAGAGGUCAGCUGACGGGCUGGAGAAGAGACUGUCCAAGAUGGAGGACGUCUGUGGCAGGCUGGACGGCGUGUCCGAGUCCAUCCACAAGAUCAGGGACGGACUAAACCGCCACGUGUCGAGUUUGUGGACUUGUGUUUCGGGUCUGAAUGACUCUGUGAUCCGUCACGGAGGAGUCCUGGACGUGAUUCAGAAGAACCAGGACGACGUUGAGAGCCGCAUGAAGAACCUGAACUCCAGCGUGAAUCAGGCGGUGAACAAGCUGCAAAGAUUCUCUGAGCACGCUCCUCCCGGCCUGCCUGGAGUCCAGGGACCCCCAGGAGAGAGAGGCUUCACUGGGCUGCCAGGGCCCCACGGGCCACCUGGACCUCCUGGACGACCAGGAGAGAUAGGAGCACGAGGUCCCAGAGGUGAAGCAGGUGUGCCCGGUGCGGAUGCUCAUGUACCCAAACUGUCGUUCUCGGCCGCCCUCACUGUCCCCACUGAGCGGGCAGGAACCAUCAUCUUCGACAAGAUCUUCGUGAAUGAAGGAGACUUCUACAAUCCCAAGACAGGCAUCUUUACUGCCCCCAUAGACGGACACUACUUUUUCAGCGCUGUCCUGACGGGCCACAAGAAUGAGAAGAUUGAGGCAGUUUUGUCCAAGUCCAACUACGGCAUGGCCCGGGCAGACUCCGGGGGCUACCAGCCUGAAGGCUUGGAGAACAAUCCCGUGGCUGAGGCAAAGACACCCCCGGGCUCGCUGGCCGUCUUCAGCAUCAUUCUGCCUCUGCAGACCCGUGACACAGUCUGCAUUGACCUGGUGAUGGGCAAACUGGCCCACUCUUCAGAGCCGCUCACCGUGUUUAACGGGAUGCUGCUCUAUCAAGACAUGUGAUGUUUCAUCCUUAGAGACCGAACGGCGAGCUGGAGAACCUGAACCACACAAUCUAUGACAAACCCAGAGGAGGCGGCACCGCAAAGAACCUGAACCACACAAUCUAUGACAAACCCAGAGGAGGCGGCGCCGUUAAAGAACCAUCAUCAGACUACUGAUGACAGAAUGUUUUAAGGAAGCUUCAGUACUGAACAGAUGUUUUUAUUCUACAGUCACUCCACUACAGGACCUGAUGACAUCACAGCAGAAUUACAGUGUUAACAGUUUGGUGCUGUAACAGCGCCUCCCGGAGGCUGCCGGAUUAAUUACAGCCUCAAAUGCUAAUGAUGUUUUAUGCAGUUUGUCGUGAGGGGGGCGCUAGAGGAACACUCACAGGCUCAAUUAACCAAAGUGCUGCACAGACUUAAGCCCCGCCCCUGGCAGGUCAGACGUUGUCAAGGCAACUCUUGAUCAUGUGACUUUAAAUACGAUGAAAGCUUUAUAAAAGCAGAAUGUGUACCUGAGAGGAAUGAUACCUUUUUAUUUUCUAACUGACGCGAGUUCACAUUGUGAAUGUUUUAUUUUAUUGGUGUUUUUAAUCUUUUGUCACAAAUAUUAAAGGACAAUGUUGGACAUAUUCUAUAUUUUCUUAGUGUCAACAAUCCCUUCAAAGACCAGGGAUGAAAUAAAUGUUCAGAUACUUUACUGAUGUGAAAGUAGAAAUACUGCAUUCAAAGUAUUUUUUAAAAACACAUUUGAUCAGAAAAAUUCACUUCAAGUAUUAAAAGUGAAAGUAGUCGAAGUGGUUUGAUGUCCCCUGUGAGGGUUCUGCUUUCAUUUAUGAUAAAUCUUAUUCAGUCGAGUAACCGGUGAGAUCGGAGCGGCUGUGGUUCAGGAGGUUGAGCGGGUCGUCCACUAAUCGGAGGGUCGGUGGUUCGAUCCCCCGCUCCUCCAGACUACAUGUCAGAGUGUCUUUGGGCAAGAUGCUGAGCCCCAAAUCGCUCCUGAAGGCCGCGGCAGCGGCGCGUUAGCGUGCGUGAAUGAGCAUUAGAUUAAAUUCUGAUGAGCAGGUCGGCACUCUGCGUGGUAGCCUGACAGCAGUGUGUGAAUGCUGACAUGUGUUGUAAAGAGCUUUGAGUGGUCAGAAGACUAGAAAGGUGCUAUAUAGAUUCAGUCCAUUUACCAUGAAUGUACUGGAAGAAAAAACAACAUUUCUUUUGAAGAUGUACAUAGUUAAUCUCCACCACCGGCCAAGAGUCAGACCAACAGUGUUUUAGUCCAUCUCUAAAUACUUUCCUCCUUCCUGUCAGAGCUCAUUGGUUCCUGCUGAGGAUCAAGAUGUAGUUCAUGUUUUAAAAGAAUCAGUAAUAAAACAGCUACUCACUCUAGUUUCUGUCAAAGAGACAGCUGUUCAUGCUGAUGAAGGAAGUUUCUGUGGCUCAUUGAUGUAUUUUAAUAAUUUUUUGACAACUAGGAAAAAGAUAAAUCACAAUACUUGUUAGUGGAUCUGUUGGUUUGACUCUGGGAUUUAUUGACAACAAAGAAAAUGUAGAAUAUCACACGUUUUAAGCACAUGCAGCUGAAAAUGAUGAAGGACAACACACACAGACACGAUGGUGUUUCCUCUGAGGAUAACUCAUCACAACAGCUGCCUGCAUGUAUUUUAACUAAAUGUGUUUAACACUGAAUCUCUAAAACAGAUCAACAUGUUCAUCAGUUCCUGAUGUGUUUGUGUGCAGAGAUGAAACUGGUUAUCAUCAUGUGAACAGCAGCUGUCCGUCACUCAGUCUCAUGUAAACCUGUUUGUACAUUUCACAGUUCUGUAUUGACAAAUCAUUUUCUCUGUCAUUAAAAGUAAAUCAAAGCCA